AACAAGGGCCAUGUAGUGAAAUGGGAGGCGCAGAGGGCAGGGCGGCGUACCUGGAAAAGACCCAGAUCUCUGUGGUAUCCCGCACGUUUAUAUCCGUUUCCUACAAUCCGAGCGCGCCAUGUCGUCGAUCAACGAUGCUUGGGGUGUUGGUUUGUGGGUGUGGAGAGGUAACACUCGGCUUUGGGGCAGCAGAGUUUCGGCGCCUUCGCGGUUACACUUGUCAACGGUGAUGUACAGUUUAGCUAGCGAGUGCAGAUGGUCGAUCGCGAAGAUUUGGGAGAGGAAUCGCGCAGACGGUUGCAGGGGCGGAUGGCGGCGGGUGAGACUGAUGAUCGGAUCCCUUGGUUGGCCCGGAAGGGAGAAUGGAAAUGUGGUGGGAUCGGAAAUGGGGACGUUGGUGGGAGGUUUUGGGGUAAACCUGGCGGCGAUGUGGAGCAGGGCGGAGAUAGAGAGACGAGGAGAGAGAGAGAGAGAGAGAGAGAGAGAGAGAGAGAGAGAGAGAGAGAGAGAGAGAGAGAGAGCACGUUUCGUUGGGGGCGGCGGGCAGAAGCAGGCGGAACCAAAACUAGUUGAAAAAGGCCUAAGUUAGGUUGGACGCGUAGGAUAUUGCCUAUAGCAAGAGCAUAAAAGUGUAUAGAAAGAAAAGGAGGGAAAAGGUGCGGACCGGAGGUGCUGGUGGAGGAUGUAGGUCUCGCUCGUCUUGUCUUGCAGAAGAGUGACGCAGUCGCCAGGUCCAAUGUAAGCCAG